CUAAUAAAAUUGGCGUACUGAUUGUGUGUAUAAACAUUUUUAUUAUAUUUACUUAUUGGGAAAUUGUUUAUAACUAAAUGUAACAAUUUGCAAUAAGAAAGGCCGUCCUAAAAUGAUUCAAAUCUUAAUGGACAUUUCGUUCUAACCUAUUAGGUCCAUGGUUUUAACAAUCAAAUAAUUGUGUACCUAUUAAUAAUGUCUGAAUGUAGAAUUUGCUUGGAAACCAGGAAGAAUGUUCGGUGUAUAUUUACGGGCACAGAUGGAGACCUCAACACGACGUUCGCUGAUAUGAUAACAUACGUCGCUAGUAUAAAGAUUACAAGAGAAGAUGGAAUCACAGACCAGAUAUGCCUUGCUUGUCGGAAAAAGCUACAAGAGUUGUAUGAUUUUAAACUUUUAAUACUGAGGUCCAACACUCAACUGCAUCAGAAGAAUAAUUCAAGCUUCAAAAGAAUCCAUUUUAAUGACAUAGCAGAAGUAAAGCUUGAAAUUGCUGCAGCCCCAAUAGAUGAAAAAUAUUUAAUCAAAGAGUAUGAAGAUAUUAAGAUGAAUCUUCAGAGUACAGAAGACUCUGUGUGCUACAAAGACACGACAAUAAAAAAGGUCGAGCCAAGUUCCAUAGAAGUAGAGAUAGAUAAUCAACCUAUGUCUGUUAUGGACUUUCUCGACACCAUCAAAGAUGACUUGGAUAAUGACUAUGAUCAGGAUAUGUAUGCUGCUCAAAGUGACCCUGGCUCGGAUUCUGACGAGUAUUUACCUCACAAUAUUAUACAAAAGAAAUAUGGGAAAAAACACAAGAAAAAGAAAAAGACUAAAUUAUCAAAACCUACCAAAAACGGGACCACUAAAACAGAAAGCUCAGCCACCAGAGUCUGUAUAAAGCCAACCUGGAUAGAGGACCUCCGAGUAAUGGCUACCGUGAGCGACGAGCCAAAGAAGCCCCGCGAGAGGAAGAAACACAAGCCCAAGACUAAGGAGGGGAUGUGCCCCUACUGCGGGAAGCUUUCCAAGAAUCUGACCAGCCAUCUAGUGUUGCAUGGGGAGCCAGUGUAUAAGUGCAGCGUUGAGGGCUGCGGUAGAACAUUCCACCACCGCAGCGCUAUGCUGAAACACGAGCUCGGCCACACCUCCGUCCGCGACUUCCGUUGUGACCAGUGCGUCGCGACUUUCCACACGAAACAUGGACUUACCCAACACCAAAAAUGUCACGACCAGACGAGAAGAUAUGUAUGUGAAACCUGCAGCAAGUCUUACAAGAGGGGCCACCAGCUAUCACGGCAUGUCCGCACCCACAACUCGGCCAACAAGAAUGUCCAGUGCGAACUAUGCAACAUGUCGUUUUUCUCAAGAUUCGGGCUGAGACACCACAUGAGAGUGCACACGGGGGAAAGGCCUUACAACUGUGAGCUCUGUUCUCAACCGUACAGUUACAAGCACGAUUUCAACCGGCACUGUCUGAAGAAGCACGGGGUGUUCCUCAAGCGCCGCUCAGUCAACGUCAUGAACGCAGAGGUGUUGGCGCGCGAACGAGUUCUAAUGCGUGAGCUGGUGGCGGUCGCGCGGUCCGGUGCAAUGGCUCCACCUCCCGAAGUCUUCAUUGGCAAACAAGUAUCCAGAACUUGUGUAUUCAUACUCGUCUGUCUGGGUUUAUUGGUCGCUAUCCAAUCCUGGCUCCCGCGGGCAUCAGCAAAGCGGUCAGACAUGGAUGCCUACAUGGUCGACGCUCGCACCGACCUUCACAACUACGUAGUCGGGAUUGACUACCCUGUUGACUACCCGGAGCCUGACCGGCCGGCGCCGCUACCAGAGUUUAUAGUCGACUACGCGAAUAUGAUCAGGAACGAUAUCAUCCUGCUUGAUAACUCGGUCGAAACUAGGACGAGGAAGAGAGGGAAUAUUAAAGUUAAAAAGCACACUAAUCAUGCGAUAUCAAAUGUUCCAUGUAACUGUGAACGUAGCUACGAGUCCGAUAAUUACCUCGACCACUACGUGAACCUAAGCGAUGCGCUCGGCAUGGCGCUGUGGUACCCGCAGAAGGUACGGAACCUCACCUGCGAUGACAGCAAGUGCACAAAGCCGUAUAGGUGCCAGAAAAUUAUAUAUAAUUUAACAGUACUAAAAGGCAGCAACAGCAAAGAGGAACGCGAGCGCGCAGGCCAGUUGUACGCGGACCUACCCAACGAGUUGAAGUACAAGUGGGUGCCUCGGGUGUUGCCCAUUGUGGCCGGCUGCCUCUGCACCAGCAGCUACCUCGCCAACUGAAUACGGGACUUCAUUACUUAAUGCUCAAUUUUAUGUACAGUGUAAUAUUUAAUAAACGUAGACAAGCG